CUCGCCCGUUGCCCAGAUGCUGUUAACACAUAACAAACUAAGCCGCGAUCGAUAUGAAAUAUCAAACGCGGCAAAGAACUUAAAUAAAACAAUACAUAUGUAGUUAUAAUUACAACAAAUCGACUUAUGACGAGAUACAAUAAUAUAAUUGUGAUUAUUAGAGAGUACUAUACCAAUGAAUGCGUCCAAAUUUUUCGAAUUAGAUAAACAUUUUUCAUAGUAUAUAUGUAGAGAGACGCUCGCGGGUGAAGAGAUGAAAGUUGCAACCGUGAGUUACGGUGAUGUCAUGACUAUGGGUAUUUGACUGUCGGGUAUGUUGUAACGCCAGCAAUAUGGCCGCUGUAGCCGGCCUCUAUGGACUUGGCGACGAACAGCGCGGAAGACACCGCCGAGGUCAAACCAACGCAGAGCGCUCCGAAUCCAGGGAUGAUAAUACAGAGGCGUCGCUGCCGAAAUUGUGCAGUCAAGAAGAGGAGCAGGGCCGGCCGCCACAGGGCGGCGUGGUAACAUUUGAACCGAUACAACAUGACCACGACUUCUGCGAGAGGGUCGUGAUCAAUGUAAGCGGCCUCAAAUUUGAAACACAAUUACGGACACUCAACCAAUUUCCAGAGACACUGUUAGGCGACCCUGCAAGGAGAAUUAGAUACUUCGAUCCACUCAGGAACGAGUACUUUUUUGACAGAAACAGGCCGUCCUUUGACGCCAUCCUGUAUUAUUACCAGAGCGGUGGCCGUCUGCGACGCCCUGUCAAUGUCCCGCUGGACGUAUUCUCAGAGGAAAUUAAAUUCUACGAACUUGGAGAGCAAGCUACCAACAAAUUCCGUGAGGAUGAAGGAUUCAUAAAGGAAGAGGAGAAACCCCUACCCUCCAACGAACGUCAACGCAAAAUCUGGCUGCUUUUCGAAUACCCUGAAAGCUCCCAGGCCGCCCGAGUCGUUGCCAUCAUCUCAGUCUUCGUUAUCUUACUGUCAAUCGUCAUCUUCUGCCUGGAAACCCUUCCAGAAUUCAAACACUACAAAGUUUUCAACACCACUACAAAUGGAACAAAGAUUGAAGAAGACGAAGUACCUGAUAUUACUGAUCCAUUUUUCCUCAUCGAGACGCUCUGUAUUAUCUGGUUUACAUUCGAAUUGAUAGUUCGGUUUCUUGCUUGUCCAAAUAAAUUCAACUUCUUCAGAGACGUGAUGAAUAUCAUAGAUAUAAUUGCCAUUAUACCAUACUUCAUCACUCUUGCAACGGUAGUCGCUGAAGAAGAAGACACGCUGAACCUUCCAAGAGCUCCUGUAUCGCCGCAAGACAAAUCCACCAAUCAAGCUAUGAGUCUUGCCAUACUUCGUGUGAUUCGUCUAGUUCGUGUAUUCCGUAUAUUCAAACUAUCGCGUCACUCCAAGGGCUUGCAGAUUUUAGGAAGGACGCUAAAAGCAUCAAUGAGAGAACUCGGACUUUUGAUAUUUUUCCUCUUCAUAGGUGUGGUGCUGUUUUCAUCUGCGGUGUACUUCGCGGAAGCCGGAAGUGAGAACAGCUUCUUCAAAUCCAUACCUGAUGCGUUUUGGUGGGCGGUCGUGACAAUGACGACCGUAGGAUACGGCGACAUGACGCCGGUUGGCGUGUGGGGUAAGAUCGUGGGAUCGCUUUGCGCGAUUGCUGGUGUACUUACCAUCGCUCUGCCGGUACCCGUCAUCGUGUCUAACUUCAACUAUUUCUACCACCGUGAAACUGACCAAGAGGAAAUGCAAUCCCAGAACUUCAACCACGUCACCAGUUGCCCCUACUUGCCCGGGACUUUGGGUGAACCCUACUUGAUUUCAGGUGCGAUCAAAAACUCCUCAGUGAGUGAUGACUCGUCUUCGGAAUUGAUGGAGCUUGAAGAUGCAGCUUUACUCGCUGACCCUCAACUUGAGAAUAACAUCCGUCGUCUGCGCGAAGAAGAGCGUCUUCUACUGGAACAACAGGCCGCCAUGGAGGCUACAGGCAACACCGACGACAUUGCAGCUCUGGAACAUCAGGAUCUUCUACGUCUUAACCACCUUAAACAGCAAGAGCUGCAGAGGCAGCUGGUUAUUCUCGCUCAGCGUCAGGCACGUGCCAAUGCCAAUGCCAAUGCCAAUGCCAAUGCCAACGCUAGCUCCAGCCUGUUGGCGAUCGAGGGACCGAGGGAUCGUUCCACAGAAGACACCGAUCGCAGCGAACGCCAGCGUGCCUGCCGCAGCGAUCUGAAUGAGCGUAGUGACCGCCUAGAGCGAUCUGAUCGCGGGGAACUUCGUCGACGUACAUGCAACGUGCGUGUAAAUGCUCUCCACGUCGCGUCCUGUGCGGAGGCGUUGGAGACGGACGUCUGACCAAUGGGGACGGCGAGGCGUGAGGAUAGCGCGCACUUAGUAUGGCGCGGUCGUCUGCCCGCACGCUCGCCGCCCGCCUGUCACGUGUGAGCCGCACGCACGCCUCCCACGUUCCCGGUGUUGAUAGUAUUAUGGACUAUUAAUAGUUGCUUCAUUACGUGCAAACUUACGGUUACAGCAAAUUAGAAUUCCAGUUUUUAAAGAACCUCUUUAUGAAAUCUUUGAAUACGCUUAUAACUUCUACAUGAAAACGCAUAGACGCUACUGUAAAUAAACCGAGACGGCUUUUAUCCCCGCUUCACACACUUUAACGAUGAUUCAACACACAUGUAUUAUAAAUAAAAGCAAUUGAGAUAAAUAUAUCAACUGAAUACGUAAACCAAAUCUAGACAUGGACAAAACAAAACACAGAUAAAGGGUAAUUACAUCUAGACUUUUCAAAAUAAAGGUGCCAUAACAAGUAACAUAUGAUAUUUGGUCAAAAUUAUAAUAAUAAUGCACCAAGCUGACCGUGACGUAGAUAAUCUACAUAUUUUUAGAUGAUUGGACAUGGAAAUCUGAUUCCGGCUAUAACUGCGGUGAAUGAAACACUUCGGGGUUAAGGGUUCAGUCUACAGAUAGAUACGAUAUUAUCCAAGCAUAAAAACAGCAACAAUAGAUAAAAGACUCUCGCAAAAACACCACUCAACCGCUGUUUUAUGAAAACAAUACUUAAGGAUAUUUAAAUUGUGCUCUUUAAGCUUGGAUUCCAUCGUUUAGAACUGGAUAACCGUUUUAGGACCUCAGUCAAAGUGUAUUACGUAACAGGAAUGGCCAUGAAAUCCGAUGUAUGUGAUUUCGACGAUAAUUUUAACGAGGUUGUGAUUAAGAUAUAUCAACCUCGUGCAGUAAAGGUAGAUGUAAGUUUAUGUUAUAUGUUGUGAAAUAUCCAUUUGUAUAAUUAGGCAAUAUGACACGACCGCGAUCCCGAACCUUCCUAGUCUUGUGACAGCCUCGGCUACACUCAGCUAAUAUGGUUAGUAAUAUAUACUCAAUUCAUUUACAUGAGCCGGUAUCAUUCGUGGUUUUUAAUGUAUAUUUAAAGGGCUUUAUUCAAUAAGUGUACUAUACGGAAGGUUGUGAAGAAUUGAAAGUGAGCGACGGGGUUUUGUUUAAUAUCUUCUUGAGACCAUAAUUAAAAAUAAGACGUUGAUUAGGUACGGCCGCUUCCUUUUUGGAAGCUUCCAGUACAACACUGUUGUUGAGGCAGUCGCUGAGUGUUCACUGAAAAUGGGACAGUUAUAUUGAAUAACUUUUAAUAUUACAAACAUAUCCAACAAGACGUGAUUUUAUUACUAAAUGUGUUUAUUGUUGAACUAUUUCUUAAGAUCGCUAUUCUUAUUUCAAUCUUCUUUAUUAGACCCACGAGAUUCUUGUCUUCUUGUCAAUUAUUCUAUGUCUCUCAGUGGGUUUAUGAAAGUUGAAGCUCAAAUUCCGUAUGCUGGCCUUUGAUCAAUUGCAUGGUUUCCCAACUGAGGGCAUACUAUAACCUUUUGUCCGGUGUUUUUCAAAAACCACCUCUUUAGAUUCACCAUGAAUCCCUUUCAUCCAUUUACAAAACCUGGUAAAAUGGUUCAUUCAUAAAAAGUAGGGCCGCUUAUUCUGUACCCAAAAAUAUAGAUAGUCGUAAAUUCGAUAAAAUUAUCGUAGUUAACAUUGACAUAAUUUGUAUCAUAUCAUUAAUACACAUUUCAUAGCGUUUAUACAUAAUUAAUAAUAAAAGACAUGAAUAUUUACUCAUUAGAUUAGUUUAGUUUUAGCGGAAACAUAGAUAAGUACAGUCGUAGAGGUUCAUCGUUCUAUGGUAUUUUAUUCCGUCAUAAUAACUAACAAAGCAACUGUAAUCGUGAACAAUAGGUACGAGGUAAUCAAGCACACAAAACUUCACAGACCGAAAUCUUCAUAGACGCAAAAUGUGAUUAAUUUAAGAAAAAUUGUUCUUGACAAGUCCUUUAUGACCUACAAAGAUACAAUCUAAUAAUUUUGAGAAAGUAUUUCAUAGACUAAAACAACAGAACGCUGCCACUAACACAGAUUAAAUGAAAUCCAGAUGAACAAACGCGAAAUUUAUGUUUAUAUCGAUGUUAGGAAAUAAGCAAUUUACCCACUGUAUACUUAAUUAUAACAUAGGUCUAUGUUCUCGAUGUAAUAGAUGCUUAAUACUGUCACUUGCCUAACUACUAAUUACGGGAUGGUCGUGGUAACCUUCAAUUGUUCUGCCAACUUGCUGUAUCGUUUACUAUUUCAAGUAUUUGCAGAAUUAGAUCUGUAGCGUAUAUUUGUACGGGUACAUAAUCGUAUUUAAUUAUAAUUCGAUGGUUAUAUUCAUAGUAUUUGUAGAUGAAGUUUGCUCCGUCGCAGCUUCAUAGACAGUGACAGUUAAUAAAUUCAAAGAGCGUUCUAAUCAGGUCCCAUGAGAUCAGGGCGUUCUAUAAACAGCAUUGGUGAUAGUGGUGUGGGGAUAGUAUGAUGCAAAAUUUACAUAUCUAAGAGCAAUAUAAAGUUUUAGGACUAGUUCAAGGGGUCUGUCAAUUCGUCCUAUUUUGAAAUAACCACACAUAUCUCCAGUUAAUGACAAUAUUAAUGAAUGUCAAGUUAAGAAUCUGUUAUACGAUUGAAAAGAUGUUUUAUUGGGUAUUAUUGACACAAUUUGCUGGUGCGGCAGUUUUUUUGGACAUCGGAAAUUGUAAUUCUGGUUCAUUACACAGGAUUUGAAGCAAAAAAAUAUAAAAAUUAUAUUUGAUGUGUUUGCCGGACCUCUGUCAUGUUUUAAACCUGUUGGUAGCCAAAAAUUUCUGAUGGCAGAUAUAACUUGCGAUGACGUAAAAGGAAGACCUAUUACCAGUCACUUGACUAGUAAAAUACAAUCGUGUGAUUGAAAGAUUUGAAAACUAUAUUUGAUGAAAUGUCGAAUGUUAAUGUUUUACCAUCUAUCGAAGUUUGGCAGACACCACUAUUUGCAAUCACCACAAGCAGUGUCCGAGGCUGUUUCAAACCUUCUUAGAUGUGUCAACUGUCAAUGUUAUUUAUAGAUUAUAAAUGUUAAAUAAUAUAAGAAAUUCAGCAUCACGGGUCCAUGAGACUUGGUAAUGUGAGGGUUCAGGUCGCCGUUGCCAUUAUUUAAUAUUAUUUGGUAAAUCAACCUUAAAUUGGGUACAACCUUGUUAUAUUUGAAACGCAAUUGGAUCCUUAAUUAAGGAACACUGUUGAUAAAUUUCACGAGCUUAGCUUUAUUCCGCAUAGGUUAUGGUUUUUUCUCAUUGUAAAAAUCUUCAUCGUUGUUAAAAAAAAAAAAUAAUCGAUUGGCUAAAUAUGGAUGAUAAUUAAUUUGUGAAUUACUCGUGUAGGCCAAAAUUGCAGGGAGGAUAAUUUUGGGCGAGCUAUUAUUUCUCUCAGUAUUAAUAGUUGAUAUACGAUGUGAAUCAAUGGAAUGAUGAAUGGAUAAGCUUGGUGAAACAUGGACCCGGUGCGACCAAAAAAAUCUGUCUUAUUAAAAUAUUACUUUGUAGUUUUGCUCAUGUAUUUAUCUGUAUUAGUGUUAGACAAAUCUAUUGCAGUAAAAUAUUAAAUAUUGUUUGAGUACGGAAGUGGCGGAAGCUGCACUCGUUAUGCCCAUAUUGUUUUAAGUAUUAUUAUUUUUUGUGGUCACAUAGUUUGGCAGGUUAUAAAACAUUCGUUUACCCACUUACUUUUUUGUUGUUAAAUACACAUUAAUUUCGAAAUACCUUACACUAUAUAUGUAUUAUAGAUUAAGAUAUGGUAAAAAAGAUGGUACUUAAAUUUUUGGAAGGGGGCUACAGCAUACAAUAAAAGUGAAGGCUAUAUUAUUCAUAUACAAUAUACAUAACAUAUUAAUUGUAAAAGAUUUCACUAAGCGGUGACAUAGAUUUAAUUUAUUAAUAUACUUAUUACAGUUUCGAACAAUAUGUAGUUAGGAAACCGCAUAGAUUUCGUUAAUGAAAUCCACUUUUUAAUUUACUCAAAACGAUUUUGUGGUUUGGGCAGUGUUUGGUAAAGAUUUUCAACGGUUGCAGAAUAAGAAGCUCUCGAGGCGGAAUAUAUGUAACUUAACCGCAUGUAUUUAUUGUAUUCGGUCAUUUUAUCUGUAAAUUUUACUUAUUUUAAGAUGUAUAAAUAAGGUGUAUCCGCAGACCUUUUAGAAACUUGCGGAAAAUAUAAAAAUUUAUUUUAGGUUAAAAUUACGCUUGUGUUAUUUUUUUGUUGCGUUUGAGGUUGUGACGGUUGCAUGAAUUCUAAAUCUCUCAUGGGACUCACAUUCUUUACUUUGUCACUUUAAGAUAUUAUUAUUGAGGCUUUGACGCGUGUGUUGACGCUUUAACGAUGCAAACGAGGCAACGCUGAGGGUUAUAAUUGAAUUUUAUUUUUUCUAUUUACAGUUGGCUAUGGAUACAGGCAACAAACAAUUUCCUUAGAUAUAAUUUUCAAUAUUUCACUUGCCCCUCUCCGUCCAGAAUGAAGCGUGUUCAUAUUAUAUCGGGAAUAACAAAAAAAAAAACUGUAAUUAACCUAGCUUUGAAUAUAACCUCUAAAUUUUAAAUGAUUUUAUUACUUUAAAAUAUAUUCAAAAUUUGUAUUCUGUGUUCCGGUCCUGAUAUAAAAUACGUGAGUAUUCUAUAUCGCUUAGUAACAUAAUAUUUAUUAUACAAUGAAAUAAAAUAUUUUUUAAUAUGAAAUAACUUAAGUUUUCGAUAUGUAUUUAUAUAAAAAUUUAAUGAAUAACGGCGUUUUGCUAAAUCUUUGCUGAUAAGAGCUUAUAUUAUAUGGUUUCAAUAUUUGGAUCGCAUUCACGUAAGAUAAUAUAAAAAUUUUCUAGUACUAAUUACUUAACCUCUAACAAUACAUUAAAAUUAUAUAAGGAUUUUUAAUAUUAAGAGCUUUUCGAUUAGUAUACUUACCAAUGAUGAUAUCUUAUGAAGUAAUCUGAAUAUUUCGCGAUAAUUUAUUAUAUUUAAUGUCCAUCCAGUAUUAUUAGAUAAAUAGGUAUAAUAGUCAAAGCCAUUGCCUAGCUGCUAUAGCAUUUUAAAAUAUAAGUUCAAUAAUUGGCCAGGAAUAUGUUAAGUACGAUUUUGUGCUCAAAUCUGAGUCCCAUACGAAAUAAGAUGCUUAUGCCAUGUUUGUAUUUACAAAAUUACUAAGGCAACAUCGUUCCUACUAGAGUUUUGGAAUUCAUAUAAACGUGCGACCUUUGUGUGAACUCAAAAUAAAAAUGUGGUACUCUGAGAGAUUUUUAACUGAUUUAAUCUUGAUACUGAAGAACAAUGACGACCUACCACCGAGCGCGAUUAAAUUUAUCAUUAAUAAAUUAAUUGAAAAUAUCUCGUUUUAGAGUACUUUACAUUUUUUAUUUUUAUUUUAUUAAAGAGCCGGCUACAGACGAUCGACUUUAAAGACUUCCGCCACGAGGUUGAAAGAACCACCUGUACACAUUUUAACCUGUUGAUGGCUUAUUAAUUAAGCUUUAUAGUAAUGAAACCCCGCGCAGUAUAAUGUUAUUAUUAGGUAAAUGUAAGAUUUUCAAUGCAUUUGACGUACUAGAAAUAACACUCUUGAAUGUCUCUGUCUUUUAGAAGACCCUCAUUUAUAUAGUUACAAUCUGCAGACGUACUUAUUCAACCCGGUACGGUCGUCUGCGGUCUGCUUUAUCGCAGUUGUAUUUUUCGUUGCAAUUUUGCUCGUUCCAAUGAAUUGAUGUUUAUGUGGUACGGUGAGGUUGAUUUAUAACAUGAUAAAAUCGUGUGCCAAUAAGAAUUAAACUAAAUAUUUUUUCGGAAAAUUAAUUAUAUUACAAAACUAGUAGAAAGAUUCGUUAAGGCCAGUAAAUUUGCGUUAAGAUCUUAUAGACAUGAACUCCUCGGGAAUGUACCAGAUAAUCAUUAUUCAGAUAACAAGCAAGAUCACACUAAAAUUAUAUAACGCUACCAUAAAUUAGACAGUUAAGGACCGAAAUAUUUAAUGUAUUAGCCAUUAUAUAAGAGAAAAAGGUUCGAAAAGGUAACAAGUAACAAUGUAUGUACAGUUUAAUCAUAUGUAUAUUUGAUGUAAUGCGUUGGUAGUUUACAUUACAGUUCCAACUAUAGAUAUCACGAUGUUUAAACGUAUAAAAAUCACGCAAUGUACAUUAUACAAUACACACUGACACUGGGUGUGUUUAUUGAACUGUCGUGUAAAGAAAUGCACAUUUUAUUAAAGCAAAAACUUAGCAACGCGACUGUCAGUGUCUGAAAUAGAAAUUUAAAACUGUUUAGCGUCUCAUUUAUGUUAUCUGUGCUAAUGAGUUGACACUGUAUCUUUUGAAAAAUAUCUUAGAUUUAUAUGUUUUGUAAUAACUUUUUUUUUGUUGACUUGAAAAAGACUUUAUUGUUACUUAAAUACACCGUUUGUUUAUUUUAGAAAACACAGGACAGGUAAGACCUAUUUCAUUAGUGACUUUUUCGCUGCUAAGUUUAUGUUUUAAUAAGUAAACAGUUCGUAUUCAGUUAUAUUUGUAAACUAGAGCUCCAGCAUACAACUAAACAAAAUCAAUAUUCAGAACAGUGUCUUCAAAGAUUAAUACGAUAGGACAUAAUAGACGAAAAUAAAAACAUUUACCACUUUUUGGAUUUCUAAAAAUAAUUUUACCUAGCAUCCAGCUCCUCGAAAUGUAUGUUGGUCUCUAAUUUAUAACUAUAUUAUUAAAAUAAUAUCAUUGCGUGAUUAAUGCUUUUCUUAUAUUUCUGUUAACAGUACUACGCUAUGAGAAUUGUGUUACUUCGUGUCCUUAUGAUUUGUAAAAGGAAUGUAUAAAUGAUUCAAUAAAUUAAAA